CACAAGCUCCGCCCCACAUUGCCCAGCCUCGGCUUGUGAGUGGCGGAUGGCGGUAGCGCCGUGUUGUGAUUGGUGGGGAGCCAUACUGUAGGCGGGGCCGAGGCGGCGGCAUUAGGUGUGCAGGUGACACCGGGGCCAGUCAGUAGAGUGCUCGCCCAUCGACAAGUGUGCUCCUGCCCCGUCCUCAUUGGCACUCUCCACCAUACACACACACACACUACUAACCUGCGGAUAUUAUCGUCGUUUAUCUAACCCCAGAACACAACCAAGAAAAUGGUCAGCGGAGGGCGAGAAUGCAUCAGCAUCCACGUGGGUCAGGCCGGGGUGCAGAUGGGCAACGCCUGCUGGGAGCUGUACUGCCUGGAGCACGGCAUCCAGCCAGACGGCAUGAUGCCUACUGAUGAAACCAUCGGCUACGGCGACGACUCCUUCAACACCUUCUUCAGCGAGACGAGGACGGGCAAGCACGUCCCCAGAGCGGUCUUCGUUGACCUGGAGCCCACCGUGGUGGACGAGAUCAGAACGGGGACCUACCGCAACCUGUUCUCCCCCAACUCUCUCCAUACUGGCAAGGAGGACGCUGCUAAUAACUACGCCCGCGGCCACUACACUGUUGGUAAGGAACAGCUGAACGUGGUGCGUGACACUAUCAGGAAGCAACAGGAGCAAUGUUCUGGGCUUCAGGGCUUCCUUGUCUUUCAUUCCUUCGGUGGAGGAACUGGCUCAGGAUUCGGGUCACUGUUGAUGGAACAUCUCUCCCUCGACUAUGGCAAGAAGUCCAAACUCUGCUUUUCGAUAUAUCCGGCACCUCAGGUGUCAACAGCAGUAGUGGAGCCUUACAAUUCAAUCCUGUUCACCCACACAACUCUGGAACACUGUGAUGUUGAAUUUAUGGUUGACAACGAAGCCAUCUAUGACCUUUGCCAGAAAGGACUUCACAUCUCCAGACCAACCUACACCAAUCUCAACCGCAUGAUUGGUCAGGUGGUCUCCAGCAUUACAGCAUCUCUGAGGUUUGAUGGAGCACUCAAUGUUGACUUAACAGAGUUUCAAACAAAUCUGGUGCCAUACCCUAGGAUACAUUUCCCUUUGGCAACAUAUUCUCCUGUAGUGUCAACUGAUAAUGCUCAGCAUGACAACUUUGAUGUCCGCACCAUCACCUCCAAAUGCUUUGAACAGGAUCAACAGAUGGUAAAGUGUAACCCCCUGGAAGGCAAAUACAUGGCUUGCUGUCUCUUAUUCCGAGGUGAUGUUGUUCCUAAGGAUGUCAAUGGGGCCAUCGCCGAGUUGCGAACAAAAAGAACGAUCUCAUUUGUCGACUGGUGUCCCACAGGCUUUAAGGUGGGCAUCAAUUAUCAGCCACCCACUGUGGUUCCUGGUGGUGACUUGGCAAAGGUAGAGCGAGCUGUCUGCGUCCUCUCCAACACCACUGCUAUCAAGGAAGCCUGGAAACGCCUGGACAGAAAGUUUGACUUAAUGUUCUCCAAAAGAGCCUUCAUCCACUGGUAUGUUGGAGAGGGCAUGGAAGAAGGCGAGUUUUCAGAGGCGCGAGAAGAUUUGGCAGCUCUAGAGAUGGACUACGAGGAGGUUGAGGAAAAUCCAGGUUCUGAAGGAGAAGAAGACGUGGAGGGAUAUGACUACUAACUUGAUAACGGUUGAAGUUUUAAAACCAUUGUCUUCGAACAAGGUUGCUAGCUCUUGUGCAAAGGGAAGGCUGCAGUCAAUGUUUAUUUCUCUGCAUUAAAGUCAUUACUAACAACUUUUCAGUUCACAUUUUUGAAAAGAAAAGAUCCACCAGUAUCCUGUAACUACAGUAUAUGCUUUUAAAAACACAGACUAAAGGGGGUGAUUUCUUUCUACAGUAUAAGAGGAAGCUUCAAUUGAUGAAUAGCUCUAACUGCCAGU